AUGACUAUUAACGCCGCAUCUGCGCCUUACAAGGCAUUGGUCCUUGGUGGCUCUUAUGGUGGCCUCUCAGCAGCCCUCAACUUGAUUGAUCUGUGUGAUGCGAGGCCCGCGAGGUGUGGAAGGGGAGAUGAGCCCCCGGCUGCUGAAAAAAUCUCUGUCGAUGUCACCAUUGUUGAUGAGCGGGAUGGCUUUUAUCACUUAAUUGGUUCUCCACUGGCAUUUGCUUCUGAGGCAUAUGCGGACAAGGCUUGGGUCAAGUAUGAGGAUGUAGUCCCACUGCAGGCUCCGAACGUCCAUGUCAUUCAGGGGACAGUGAACGGGGUCGACUGCUCGGCAAAGACAGCUACGAUUACUGAGUCUGGCCAAACGUCGACAAGAGAGCUCACGUAUGAUUUCCUCGUUGUUGCUAGUGGACUGAGACGUGUCUUCCCUGUGGUUCCACAAUCUCUCAGACGCAAGAUGUAUCUCUUCGAGACUGGUGACCACAUCCGGGCCGUCACUAACGCCACAGAUGGUGUUGUCGUCGUCGGUGGUGGCGCUGUCGGCAUUGAGAUGGCAGCUGAGCUCAAAUUACUUCAGCCGAAUAUCAAGGUGACGCUGGUGCACUCUCGUGACAAGCUACUAUCGUCAGAAGGGCUACCAGACGACGCGAAGGAUCGCGCACUUGAGCUGGUUCAAGAGGCAGGAGUCGAGACGCUGAUGAACCACCGUGUCGCAGACCUCAAGGAGACAACCCGGUCAGACGGUCAGACUAUUACAGAUAUCAAGUUCACGAAUGGGGAGUCUAUGACGGCCAGCCGUGUGAUCAUGGCGGUGUCGAGGAGCAUUCCGUCAACAACGUACCUGCCUUCUGAGGCGCUUGACCAAGAAGGAUACGUGAAGAUUCAACCAAGCUUGAAUUUCCCUGUCGAGGUUCCCAACUCGGGGCAUCAUUUCGCCAUUGGCGACUUGGCUGCCUGGUCCGGUAUCAAGAGAUGCGGUGGUGCCAUGCAUAUGGGUUACUAUGCAGCUUCCAACAUCCACCAAGUCAUGCUUCAGCAGCUACAGGGAAGGGAUCCCAAGUUCAACGAAUUGGCCGAGAUACCGCCCAUGAUUGGAUUGGCUGUCGGCAAGAAGGCGAUGUCUUAUGGACCGGGUCAAGGCGUUAUGUCAGGAGAGGACGUCAUGGAAGUCUUCUUUGGAGAUGAUCUUGGUUUCACAAUCUGCUGGAAGUAUUUGAAGCUGGGUCUACCGAUCGAUGCUAAAUAA